AUGUCAGCAUCCUCCAGAGGAGUGCACCAGGCUUUAAAGCACUUCCUACCGACUGCUUCAGAAUACGUCACGACAGUGAAGCCGAAUUUGCUUCCGGUACCCUCGUCGGCGAACGGGGUGUACGUUAUCCCAAUCGGGAUGUUCAAUGCUCAGCCGGAUGGUUUCUUCGACUCAUUCACUGAUGACAUGAUCGUCCACACAGGGUGCAAUGAAGAGAAGGACUAUUAUUUGUCAUGGUGUUCUCACCGUCUUUUCGGCGAAACUUCUCCCUACAGGUCUCCCAGGCACAUCAUUUCUCUUGAGUUUCCUAGCCUGCACACUGUAGAGGAGGCGCUCAUUAUUCAAAGACUUCGUGAUUCCGUCGAUAGGCAGUUGCGUGACCAUGACUUUUUUCCAUACACACCUCGUAUUCUGGAUGCAGUUGAGAGCAACACUUCGAUAGUGGAAAUCGUUACAAACAACAACGAUUUAUCCCCCUGUCGAUGUGAUUUAUUCGAAUGUUUGUCACGAAGGUCUACUGACAUCGAGAGUCUUGAGAUUGUAGGUGAAAGUUGUGCCGACGCGAACCAAGCGAUUGCCGAUGGUUGUGUUCAAGGUCUGAAGAAGUUGACUAUCGCAAGCAACCCGGGCAGUGACAUGGAUGGAGACAAGGUGGAUACUGUUUGCGAGGCGGUGUCCGAAGUUGGUAUUCUCGAGAGCCUCGAGAUCGAUGGCGCGAUUGCAGACUAUGACGGAGGGGGUGAUGGACUAGUUCGCGUUCUCGACACGUGUCCGCUCCGUUCUCUGAGUGUUAACGCUUCUAUUUUUGGGGAGGAUGCUUGGUCUGAAAUGGUUCGCGUCUUGUCCAACAUGAAGGCGACCGACGUGAAGUUUACAGAGCUUGAGAUUUUCCGCGAUUGGAUGAGACCGGCGUUCGACGCUUUGUUUUCAAACACAUCGAUUCAAUCACUCGAUCUGUCCUUCACCAACAUUGGGGAUGGCAGUAUUGGUGCACUGGAAAAUAUGGUUAAGCGUGGAACACUUAUCAAGCUGGCGAUUAGGGGGUGUUCCAUUGGACGCGAUGGUAACCAAAGUGUUCUGCAGGCCACUGCGCAUGUCGACAGCAACCUUAGGUUCAUCAGCAUCAGCGACACAGAUCAUCCCGAUCUCUUCAAGGGUUUGGUGAAUACAUCUCUGAAAGUCGUGCACCUUGAGGUAUUUAGCGGUGCUGCGAUUGAUUCCCUCGCAGAGUUGCUUGUAGCUAGAGGUAAGAGUGGACGCGCGUCAUUACAGGCACUUCAUUAUUUUUCCGACUUUCAGAAUUUGGUGAUCGAUUGA